AUGUCGUUUUUUGACACCCGUGUUGGUACAAUGUCACCCAAUUCACAAUUAGAACAUGAAAAACGUGUGCGACGCGAAAUAGCUAAUUCAAAUGAAAGGCGUCGUAUGCAAUCAAUUAAUACCGGCUUUCAAAGUUUAAAACAACUCAUACCUCAUUCAUGUGGAGAAAAACUUAGCAAAGCAUGUAUUUUACAACGUGCAGCUGACCACAUAAAAGGUCUUCAAACAGACAAAGACAAAUUACAAACACAAAAUGAACAGUUCCGUAUUUUAAUUAAAAGUUUUCAAAUUGAUUCUACAAGUGUUUUACAGGCACAAAGAGGACUAUCAACAACAGAUCCUGAUGAGGCUGUUUUGUUGUUAAAUGAAAAAGAUGAUGAAGAAGUAUCAUCCGAUUUAAGCUCAAAAUUAUCAAAUGAAGAACAAACACGUUUAAUACAUGAUCUUAGGAAACAUCAAGCAAUUAUUCAAAAUUGGCAUGCAUUGGAAAAUGUAGCACAUUAUGUUCAAGUACAAAAGGAGGAUCGUCACAAUCGAGGGCUGUAUGUGGGUACCUCACCGCGACAUAUAUCCGAUACACAAUCAUAUUUAACAGUCUAUGACAAUCGUUCAUCUUCAUCUCGUGCAGCAACAUCAUCGUUCAGCAACAAUAACCAACAAAAUGCAAAUACACUUAAUACAAAUGUCAAUCAUGGAAAUGUUGUGCAACAGCAUUCUAUUAUCAAAUCCGUUCCGGACCAAAUGCAAAAAAGAUCGCCAUCAGACAUUACCUCGCCCAACUAUACAGGUUCGCGUUCAUCGCCAACCGCGAACAGUAAUAAUAACAAUAGUAAUAAUAACAAUAGUAAUAAUACAACAACAAUUGCUCCAUUGGCUCCUGCCACUGAUACGUAUUUUAUAUUAAAACAACAUGGUGGUCCUAACAUACCAAUACAACGAUAUAUAACCAAUUCACUUGAUUCCAAUAGUAAAGCUGAAAAUGAUAAUGGCAUUGUUAUUGUUGAACGGUGUCAGUCAAGAGCAAGUAGUAUGGAUACAACUAAUCAGCAAAAUUCAUCAGAUUUAACAUCGACAAUGACAACAAUACCACACAACAAUGAACAAACAGUUUCUAGAAGAAAUUUGCAAACAAUUGUUGAAGCUAUUCGACAUUUAGAAGGUGAUAAUGUACUAGAUUCAUUAACACCCGCCGAGCAUUCUUAUAACCAUCAUCCAAAUGAGCUAUCAGCAUCAUCAAUUAGCGUCAUGACGACACCCCAAUUAAACACAAAUACUGAAGCAACACACACAUCUCCGACAACAAAUCACCAACAACCAAAUCAAUAUGUUUAUCACGCUCACCGACCUGUACAUGUAUAUCAGCAACAUCCGAAUUAUCCACCAUCCACAGUAGGAUCAUCAUCAACAAGUCUUGAAAUACCGGCUCGUAUACAACAAAUGUUGAAUGAACAAUUUCAACAACAAACAACGACAACAGUUAAUAUUAUUAAUUAUGAUCAGCAACAGCAACAAAAACAUCAUUCAGUCGUAACAAGUCCAAUAUUUAUCGAAGGAAAAAUGCAAGAACAACAUAACAGUCCAAUGUCGCCUCAACAUCGUACAACUGUUACCGCUCCUCCGAAAAAAAGAAAAUUUACUUACACAGAAGUAGACGAUAAUGAACAGAUACAGCCGCAACACCAUUCAAAUAGUGAACAACAGCAAUCACUAAUAACAAAUUUAGUUUUAUUAUCAUCAGAUGAGACUGCAAUGGGAAAUGAAACUGUUGGACAGCUUGUAUUCAGACAUCAAUCACGUUUGCCAUCACCUUUGCUAGUAUCCCAUCAACCUCGUCAGGAACAAUAA